CGGGCUGUCACUGAGCCAGCACGUGGUCUUUGCUUGGCAGCGUCGCGACGCCGAAGACGCGAAGAGUGAGUGGUACAGUGGCUAUUUCUCACUGUGAAACUUAUUUAAAAAAAAGACACUUAAGAUGUCCUCCGUUAAUGAGCAACUCGCCCCUCCCCCCAAGCCCCGACUUUCCCCCCUUGAAUUUCGCAACACCGACUUAGUGUCCCGCCUAUUAGCCGCAACCCCUCCUUACUUAUACAACAUGUCUUUACUUCCCAACACUUACUUCUUCAGCGAAAUGCUCCGUUCCUUCGUCCAGGCCAAAUCCGACCCCUCACCCCGGAAUUUCCAACCCCGAAGGACCCGUAAACGCCCUUGGUCCACCCUAAAAACCGACAAUUCACCAAAACUUGAACAAAAUUUUCCUUUUCCCGAACACAAACCCAAUGAAACUCCACUCGAACUUACAACUAAACUCCCAACCCUCGACAAUGACGAUAAAAGCACGAAAAGUUAUAGUACCAGUACUUUGCAAGACCAAGAACCGAUUUACCCAGCCCUAGCACAAGAAACCAGCCCUUCUGGGUUAAUACUCCCACCGCCUCCACCCAUUUGGUAUCCUCCAUUGUAUCCCACGAGUGCUCCAUAUGGGAUUGACCCUCUCCAUUUUUUCAUUGACUUGAGAGUUUCGGGACAUAUUUACGACCGAAAGAACCAAAGAGAAGAAACUUCGUCUGGACAGGAGGACGAAAACCGGAAGGUUUCGGUUAAAACCGAUCAAUUUAAACCAUCGAGGCAUGCCUCAGCGUUUUCAGUCCCCACUCCGAGGUUAAACCGAACCGGUCCGAUUAAUUUGAGUCACGGGGACGAUUACAAUAGACAAGAAACAAAAAAUAUUAAAUUUGAUGUCAAGUCGAUGGGGUUUGAGAAGACUUCAAAUAAAAUUGGGACAAGCUAUAUUAUGAAUAAUAUCAGUAAUAUUUAUAAGAAUGUGAAUGAGGAAGCACAGAAGUACGUGAAGAAUGAAGAGAAUGAUAAUGAAACUGAAGAAGAAAAAGAAAAGAGAGUCAAGGAUUUGAGGGCUUUGAUUGGAUUAGAGUUAGUUGUCGAUUAUAUGAAUCACGCGAAACCUCAACCGAAACGUUUAACAGAAGAAAAUAAUUUAAUGGAAACGGAAUCAGUCGGGAGUCCUACUUUAGAAGUUGUGGCAGUGCACGAUGAGAGUUAAACUAGUCAAA